UUUUAGCACAAAAUAAAGAGAAGUGCCUCUCCCGAACGAAAUCGUGAUUCUGCACCAGUUUCUUCUUAUAGACUCCCAUUGUGACUGUGGAACUAAAGCAAUUCAAGUGCAAGGGUUGGUUCUUGGUAGUGCAAGCAAAAGCAUCCUGAGGAUUUGUCCUUGGGUUAUUUUAGUUCGUAAGGAAACAUCCCACCAAAUAUGGUGGCCUCUCUAGACAACGUGAGAGGCUUGACUUUAGCUAUGUCAUCCAGUGCAUUCAUCGGUUCAAGCUUUGUAAUCAAGAAAAUUGGGCUGAAGAAGGCUGGGGAUUCUGGGGUUCUGGAGGUCAUUCAUACUUGUAUGAGCCAUUAUGGUGGCUGGGAAUGACCACUAAGCUUUUCGAGCAACUGGCAAGCGCUGCCUUUUCAUUCAGAAAGAUAGAUAGUUACAAACACAUGUGCAUGUUUCUUGGGUGAAACGUGGGAAUGAUCACUAUGAUUCUGGGGGAGAUAGCAAACUUUGCAGCAUACGCAUUUGCCCCUGCCAUACUUGUUACUCCUCUAGGAGCUCUGAGCAUUAUAUUUAGUGCAGUGCUUGCACACUUCAUCCUGAAAGAGAGAUUGCAUAUGUUUGGUAUUGUUGGUUGCAUCUUGUGUGUUGUUGGUUCUGUUGGUAUUGUUUUGCAUGCCCCCAAGGAGAGGGAGAUUGAUUCAAUGGAGGAAAUAUGGCAUCUUGCAACUCGGCCAGGUUUCAUCGUUUAUUCAUGUGUGACUGUGGUUGGCGUUCUUUUUUUGAUUUUCUGGGCUGUCAAACGCGCUGGUCACAGGAAGAUGCUUGUCUAUAUUGCAAUCUGCUCACUAAUGGGAUCCCUCACGGUUAUCAGUGUAAAAGCAGUUGCCAUUGCCUUGAAGCUGUCAUUUAGUGAAUCAAACCAAUUCAUCUACGUGCAGACAUGGUUCUUCAUAUUUGUUGUCAUUAUUUGUUGCGUGGUGCAGUUGAACUAUCUAAACAAGGCUCUGGACUCUUUCAAUACGGCUGUGGUCUCUCCGGUAUACUAUGUGAUGUUCACCAGUCUUACUAUUCUUGCUAACAUGAUUAUGUACAAGGACUGGGUCUCGCAGAAUGCAACUCAGAUAGCAACUCAACUUUGUGGGUUCGUGACCAUUGUUGCUGGAACUUUUCUACUGCACAAGACUAACACGAGCAACACAGAUAGCAACGUGAGGAGUACACCAACACCUCCACCACCACCACCUGGUCAGCUUUGUCUGGAGGAAUGAUGCCUACUCCCAAGUCAUUAACUAACUUUAGCUCCACAUUUAACAUGUACCAAAAACAUUGGCUUGCAAAGACAAAAAAACAUAUUGAAUCUGAUUGAACAUUAUAUUCGUCUGGGCCUUUACUCCUAAAGAUACAGCAGGAGUGUUUUGGGAGCUCUUCAUGGGAUUUUGACACAUAUCAGGUCAUUCCUCUUGCGGGAACAGAAAAAAAAAAUCGUUCCAAACUGGCUGUGUUGUUUACAAGCGGAUUGUUUUGGUGCUUCUUUGGAAGGCAGGAUUUUCAUGGGACUUUGCAUGAUUUAAGAACACUUUCUAGUUAGCAGCAUAUAGUGGUGUUAAAGGUUUCCCUUCUCAAUGUGCAGAGGAACUGUAUGAAUAUAGAGCGUGCACAACACAAUAGUACUUCAAAUUUAUGAAGAUGGAUAAGUAACCUUGUCUCACAAUUUUCUGUUCCAAA